AAAUAGAAAACGAAAAGAAGCCUCCAGCGUCCGUUAAAGACAAGUCUUUGCCAGAUGAUCGAAUGGCUAGGCGGUGCCCAGACGACGGUCGAUACGGCGAACCUUUGGUAGUCAACGCUCCUAACUUCCUUGCGCACUGUGGCAUGCUGCUCAGUUCAGGGACGUUCUACACGCUUUUGGUGUCCUACGUCAUGAUUGAAUACGUGGCCAAUAUGCACGAGAUGACCAUCGUGGAGUACGGAGUCGACAAGAACGUCGCCACGCUGAAGCAGUGCAAUCAGCUGCAGACAUUCAAUGCAGUAGGCCAGUUGACGGGUCGUCUGGUCGUGCCGUUCCUCUCCGAUAAGUUGUCGUUCAACAGGUGCGCGUUUACAUCGGCCAUCCUCGCCCUAACUGCGGCCUGCUUUGUUCUCACGGCUGCUGCAAACAAUUACGUAACGCUAGCCUUACUUACGGUAGCUGCCGGCAUAUGCGAGGGGUACCUAAUCUGCAUCAGAGUUGUGCUAGCGGCCGAAUACCUGGGUGUGGAAAGCAUUGGUCUUUGCUUCGGCUUUGAAGGAAUCUGCAUGAUGCCGGUUGCCUUCAGCGCUCCAGCUCUUAUAGGCUUCUUCCGCGACAAGCUAGGGUCGUACGAUAGGUUUUAUUGGAUGCUGGGAGCGAUGAAACUUCUGCCAGCAUUUCUCGUAGGCGGUAUCGCCGUGGCUGACAGGCUACGUAAAAAAUCAUGGAACAUCGACCAUGGGCGCAAGCGGUGAAAAGGUGGCCAUGCUGUGAGCCUGCUGAUUGGCUUUCAAAGAAGAUAAUCAACAGCGGCCGACGUUCUUUAUAUGAUUUUCCAAAUAGUUAUGUGCACUGUAGAAAUAAAGACUCAGGGUCAGAGAUGUCCACGGUUCGCUAUGUCAUGGCUCGGCAUGGCCUGAGCCCGA